CCCUCGCCUCUCUCACUUCACCUUAAACCCUCUCUCUCUCUCUCUCUCUCUCUCUCUCUCCUGCGAUUUAUGCUCGCAAUACACUCAAGUGACCGAUGCACAACGAACCUGUGAUGGUUCUACGUAAACUAAUUGUGUUAAUUCCAGGUGAAGGCGUUUGAAUCACUCCUUCGAAAAUCUUAAUGGCAACGGCUGCUCACCUCUUUCAAAGAAGCUUACAUGCUGCCACUGCACAACUACCCAACGCCGCUGCAGCAGUCAAUUGUUUCUCCUUCAGAAACUUGGCCACCGCGUGGCCGCCACGGCUUCACCCCAUCACGUUGAAGUUGCAGAACGGGGUGAUGCAGAAUCACAUUUGCUCUUACUUGCCAAGUUCAGCUUUUUGUAAUGGAGUUAACUAUGAAAAUUGCUUCAAGCUGAAAUUUAAACAGCUAGGGGUAUCUUGCGCGAUAAAAGACAAUCAACUAAGGGUUCUCAGACCUACAUCUGUACAAAAUUUCCUUACUUUUAGAAGCUUAGGUGUUGAUGAAUCUAAGAGGGCCCUUACCAGUCAGCCCCAAAUUAAUGUUGUUGGAUAUUCUAGUAGUGUGGUGCCUUCAGGUAUGUUUGGUUAUGGGAUGAGAUCGCCUUAUUGUGUUGAUUAUGCAAAGAGGCAUUUUUCUCACGUUCCAAGAGCAGUAACGGAUAAAAAUGAUAAGGUUGGUUUUAGUGAUGGAAGGAAUAAUGAGAAAACUUCAGCAGUCAAAGUUUUCAAUAAGCAUUGGAAGCAGGCAAAGUCAUUUGGUGCUCACAAGAGGAACGAGGCACAGCGGAAGAAUGCUUCUAACUCGACGGAUACACAGUUAAAAGGUACUGAUAUGGUGAACUCAAGAGAGCAGAUAAUGGGGAAUGGAGUGGAAGAUGCAAGUUUGGGACCUUCUGUUUCAAAUUCACAUGUUGGCAAUAAAAACAAACUCUCCGAAGACAAAGGAAAACACAAGCAGCAGUCAAGAAGCAAGAAAAGCAAAGGACAAAGUUGUGGCACUAAUGCUGCUAUUGAUGCAGCAACUAAGCCAGAAGGUUCUGAAAAGGUUUCUCAAGCAAAGAUACCCAACACAACGGCCAAAAACCAGUCUUUACCUGCUACAGAGAAUUCUACUACAAACAGUAAACCCCUGAAGGUACUUGAUAGUUCUGUUUCAACAAAGCAGCAGUGUCGAAGUAUAGCUGGGAAAAAUCAUAUUGAGGGGAAAUCAACUAAUGUGUUUAAAGUUACAUCUGAAAAGGAGUCAACAAAGAUUAAAAAAACUCACCCAAGCAGCAAAGCGGAGGCUCACGAACAAAGGAGAAUGCAGCCAUUGUAUCCUCCUAGGGGGAAAUCUGUUGUGGUUGUGGAGUCCGUCACUAAGGCAAAAGUAAUUCAGGGCUAUCUUGGUGACAUGUUUGAAGUUGUACCUAGCCAUGGUCAUAUUAGAGACUUGGCUGCAAGGUCAGGGUCUGUGCGUCCUGAUGAUGACUUCAGUAUGCUAUGGGAGGUUCCAUCUACUGCCUGGACUCAUCUUAAGAGUAUCAAGGUUGCUCUUAGCGGUGCAGAAAAUCUUAUUCUUGCAUCAGAUCCUGAUCGUGAAGGAGAGGCUAUUGCUUGGCACAUCAUUGAGAUGUUGCAGCAACAAGAUGCUUUACGUGAAGGUAUGACUAUAGCAAGGGUUGUCUUCAAUGAAAUAACUGAGUCAUCCAUCAAAAGUGCAUUGCGGGCUCCACGUGGCAUUGACGUUAACUUGGUUCAUGCUUAUCUUGCACGGCGGGCUCUUGAUUACUUAAUUGGAUUCAACAUUGCACCCUUGUUAUGGAAGAAAUUACCUGGUUGCCAGUCAGCUGGGCGAGUCCAAUCUGCUGCUUUGUCUCUUAUAUGUGACAGAGAAAUGGAAAUCGACCAAUUUAAGCCAAAGGAGUAUUGGAAAGUUGAAGUUCAGUUUAAUAAAAGGGGAAAGGGUUCAAUAACUAACAAAAACUCCUUUUCAUCAUAUUUGACCCACUUUGAUUCCACAAAGUUACUCUCAAUUAGUUGUCAGACAGAAGCGAAGAACAUGGAACAGAAGAUAAGUUCAUCAAAUUUUGAAGUGGUUGCAUCUAAGAGAAACAAAAUUAGGAAAAACCCUCCAGCACCGUAUACAACAUCGACAUUUCAACAGGAUGCUGCAUACAAAUUACACUUUACGACAACAUAUUCAAUGAAACUGGCACAAAGAUUAUAUGAGGGGGUUGAGUUAUCAGAUGACAAGGCAGCAGGAUUGAUAACAUACCCCAGAACAGAUGGAUUCCACAUUUCCGAUGAAGUUAUGAAGGACAUUCAUGCCUUGGCUAUUGAAAGAUAUGGACAGGACUUCGCCUCAAAGACUCCUCGUAAAUAUUUUAAAAAGGUAAAGAAUGCUCAAGAGGGUCAUGAGGCGAUUAGGCCCACAGAUAUCCGGAGAUUACCUUCAACACUUGUUGGAAUACUUGAUGAAGAUUCUUUGAAGUUAUAUGCUCUCAUUUGGGCUCGUACAGUGGCAUGCCAAAUGGAACCCACAAACAUUGGUCACAUAAAAGUUGAGAUUGGAAAUGCUGAUCAGUCCAUUGCUCUUCGAUCAACAUGCUCAACAGUUGAGUUUAUUGGGUACCAAGCAGUCUACAAGGAUCUGGAAGCUAAAGCAAUAAAAAACAAUGAAGAUGGAAAUGGUCGUGAUGAAGCUUUCAACAUUCUCAAUAAUCUGAAGCCAAAGGAUAUGUUGAGUGUUGCUGAAGUGGAACUCAUGCAGCACCAUACACAGCCUCCUCUGCGCUACUCAGAGGAAUUAUUGGUGAAAAAGCUGGAGGAGCUUGGCAUAGGAAGACCUUCCACAUAUGCAAGUACAGUAAAAGUUUUACAAGAUAGAAAAUAUGUGACCAUACAAAGCCAACUACUAUUUCCAGACUUUCGUGGUCGCAUGGUGUCUGCAUUUCUCUCCCACCAUUUCUCCGAGGUCACAGAUUACAGUUUUAUAGCUGAUAUGGAAACAGAGCUCGACAAUGUUUCUGCUGGAUUGACUGAAUGGAAAGGACUACUUGGAGAUUAUUGGACAAGGUUCAAAAAGUACUGUGAUCGUACUGCUAAUGUCCAUAUUCAUCAGGUGGAGAAGAUGAUGGAGAAAACAUUUGGGGAUUUGUUGUUUGGUUCUCUCCCCUACAAAAGCAGGAAAUGCCCAAGUUGUUCUGAAGGCAAAUUGGUUUUCAAAGUCAGUAGGUUUGGUGCUGCAUAUUUUAUAGGCUGUGAUCAACACCCAAAAUGCAAGUUUAUUGCUAAGACAUUGUAUGGUGAUGAUGAGGAAGUGGAUACUCCUCAAAAUGAGAACACAGUGGAGCCGCCAAAAUUGUUAGGUCUUCAUCCCGACUCAAAUGAGAAGAUUCUCUUGAAGAAUGGUCCUUAUGGAUGCUACAUCCAGCUUGGUGUGGACAGGAAGGGUUACUCACCUAAAAGAGCUUCUGUGCCCCAGGUAAAACAUAUAGAUUCCGUUACCCUUGAAGAUGCUAUCGAGUUGCUGCGCUAUCCUGUGACAUUGGGAAAGCAUCCUGAGGACGAUCGCCCAGUUGAGAUAAAGCUUGCACGCUUGGGAUUUUCUAUCAGACAUCGGCACACAAUUGCGCAGGUGCCUAAGAACAUGAACGUAAGUGAUAUAACCCUAGAGAAAGCAUUAAAGCUUUUGUUGGGUAAAGAUGUAAAAAGAUGUGGCCGACCCAAGAAGAAACCAAAGCUUGAGGAAGCCAUCGAGACUAUGUGAGCAACGCAUAUCGAUCCAGAGUACAAGUGAUUUAAACAGAAGGUAGGUAUGUAUAUAGAGAGAGACAUCCAUCUGCAACAUCUCAUGCUUCUCCAAUCCUUUCGUCGGUCGAGUGGAAUAUCUGUUCAUUUUUGUUGUAAAGUAUGUAAGAAUCGUUAGUCCAUUUUUGCAGCUCUUAAGUUUUGAGUCCUGUGCACAUUCUGCUUGUUUUGGGUUUUAUUUAAUUUUUUAUAUCGAAGAAGAUAAAUGAGGCACCGGAAUUUCUUAUCAGGGCAAGGAAAACAAAUUUGGUUAUUUUGGGCACUCAUCUAUGUUCCUACUAUCAUGAUAAGUCACUUUGAACUAAUUAAGACGACAUGUUUGUUCUUGCUUUUUUUGCUUUGAAAAAAAGGUUGGAGGAUUGAGC